AAAGAGAAAGGAGCGAAUAUGUCUAAGCGCAGGGUGCUGGAGUGUUUCUAUGAUGUGGUCUCCCCAUACUCGUGGCUGGGGUUUGAGGUCGUGUGCCGAUACAAAAACAUCUGGAAUGUAGACGUCCGUUUGCGCCCGGGGUUUCUUGGUGGAAUCAUGCAAGCGGCAGGUAACUCUCCCCCUGCGAUGGUGCCAAAGAAAGGCAUGUAUAUGGGAAAGGAUAUAGCCAGACUCGCUGAAUUCUUCCAAGUUCCUCUCCAACAGCCCAGGGAUUUCUUCCAGACUGUCAUUAAGAAAGGAAGCCUCCAAGCAAUGCGGUUUGUCACGGCCGUAGAGAUGCAUCACCCAGAAUUUGUGGAGCCGGUGUCUCGGGAGCUGUGGAUGCGGAUCUGGUCAGAGGACAAAGAUAUCACAGAGCCAGAGAGUAUCCUAGAAGCGGCCAAGAAAGCCGGGAUGUCAGCAGAUCUGGCAAAGAAGCUGAUUGAGUCUUCGGCCCUUCCAGAAGUGAAGAACAAGCUGAAGCAAAAUACCGAAGAAGCAUUAAAAUAUGGGGUGAUUUCACCUGUUGCUAAAUCCUGUUCAUCAUAAAUACUACAGAUGAAUAGGGUCCUAGUCACUAUUAGUAGAGUCGAGAUCAGGCUGUGCGUUUCUCAUCUGACCCUCCGCCAUUAUGCUUCUCAUACACAUUAUGACACUUGUUCCCUGGUUUAUCUCCUUACAGGCUUUUGGGAUGCCUAUUAUUGUGGCUCACGUGGAUGGAAAGCCUCACAUGUACUUUGGAUCUGAUCGCUUUGAGCUUAUAGCGCACCAACUGGGUGAGAAAUGGAUGGGACCUGUGCCUCACAAGCCACGAAUGUAAUCUGUAGAGAAAAAGAAGACAAGAUAAAAGUGCCUUUAUUGUUGCCUUUUAGCAAUUCCAGCUAAUAAACAUAGAUCUGCAAAGUUCUCAAACACUU